AUGGCGUCUACUUCUGCGACGAACGCAGACACUCUCGUCACCCUCAAGAUCAACAUCGAUGGCGCAAACCGCCGAUUCAAGCUCCCCCUCAAGGACUUGAACGCCAGCACCCUCCCCGAUAAGCUCCGAUUCCUCCUCUCCAUCCCACGUUCCAGCGAGGCUAUCUUCGAGCGAUAUUCUGAUUCCGCUGCGUCAUUCAUCGUUCUCGACUCGAAUAACACCUCCGUCUACAAGCAACUCUAUCGUGCUGCGAAGGCCAAGCUAAAGCUCCGUCUUAAGGUAACUGUCAAGGACAAGGAACCUGUUACACCCAAGCCUGCUACUGUCGAGGACGAAGAGCAAGAGCAAGAAGCUGCCCCAGUCAGCCCAAUCGUCGAACGUCAAUCCAUUGUGGAGACUCUCGUUGAACCUACACCCGCAGCUCCACAAGUCUCCUCUCCCAUUGACUAUUCCGAGAAGGCAACCUUCCCAGGUUCUGUAGCAGAACUUCAACGCGGAUUUGAAGACUUGCUCAUCAACGGCUGUCGUUCUUCCUUCUCGCCUGCAUCUGCGGCACCUGUCUUCCCAUACCCACCUCCCGUCGUCAACUCUUCUUGCUGUGCUCCGCCAGGAAGCUUUAUCAACAACAUGUCAAGCAUGUACCACCACAAGGAAGCUCCUAGAAUGAACACCUGCUCGAGCACUGAGAUUCCAGUCACUCGUGGUACUGCUGCUCGUGACAAGUGGUUCGCAGAGCUUGCGUCCUUGUCCAGUGAACGCCGAACCCGCCCAGCCACUACCGAGACUGUCAGUGUCUUCACCGUCUAUUGCAACAACUGCGACAGAUCUAUCCCCGAUGUUCAUUUCCACUGCAGUACAUGCGAGGAUGGAGAUUUCGAUCUCUGCCAGGCCUGUGUUGAUGAUGGUGUCACCUGCCAGGGUGAGGAUCAUUGGCUUCUUAAGCGUAUUGUGAAGGAUGGAAAGGUCAUCAACAGCACCACGGAGACCAUGCCUCCUAAGGUGAAGUCUGCCAAGAUUGAUUUCUCCGAGGCUCUGCAAGUUCCAGUUGCUACCCGUACUUGCAACUCCUGCAUUCAGGAACUCACGGAGGAGAACUUUGUUACUUGCACUACAUGCCCAGAUUACGAUUUGUGCAUCCCUUGCCAUGUCGGUAUGGAGCAUGGCCACCACCCCAAGCAUGCUUUCGAGCCAGCCGUUGAGGAUACUCGCCUCAACAUCGUUGCCGAGACUCUUCUCGCUCCUGGUCGUAACGUUGGACACAAUGCUAUCUGUGAUGGCUGUGACAAGUACAUCUAUGGUGUUCGACACAAGUGCCUUGACUGCCCAGACUGGGACUUCUGCUCAGCCUGCCAGCCCAAUGCUAGCUUCAUUCACGCAGGUCACCGCUUUGUGCCUAUCUAUGAACCUCUCCACGACCUUGCAGCAUUGUCAAGAUCUUAUGCCACCAAGGCUCGUCACCAUGGCAUCUACUGCGACGGUCCUCUUUGCAAUAAUGCUAACGGAACCCAAUCUUAUAUCAAGGGUGACCGAUACAAGUGUGCAGUUUGCCAUGAUACCGACUUCUGUGCCAGCUGCGAGGCUAGCCCAUCCAACCCACACAACAAGACACACCCUCUUAUUAAGUUCAAGACCCCUGUCCGCAACGUCAGCGUCACAACACUCGGUGAUCAUGAGGAUGGUCAACGUAUGCCAGUCAUGGGCGACCGUCGUGGCCGUACUACACACAAGGCUACCGAGACCACACCAGCUCAAUCCACCAAUGCUGCUACCCAGGUUCAGACAGUUGCUGACUUGCAACCCACUGAACCUGUAAAGGCUGAAGAAGUUGAGGCUGAGAAGGUACCAGAGUCCCAGUCCGAGGAGGCCAAUGAGCUUCCUGCUGCAGCUGUCAAGGAGGAGUUGGUUGCUCACUUUGUCCGUGAUCUCAUUGCUGAUGGUUCCACCCUUCCACCAAACUGUGUCUUCGAACAGACUUGGUACCUCCGCAACGGCGGCAAGACCUCAUGGCCUGCUGGAUGCACUGUCAAGUUUGUCGGUGGUGACAACAUGUGUGCUGUUGAUCCCGAACACCCGGCUAGUGUUCACGAGCUCGUCUCUGCUGCUGAGAGCACUACCUGCUAUACUGAGGUUGCUCCUGGUCAGGAGGCUGGUUUCACUGUCUUGAUGAGAACACCAGGACGUGCUGGUAACUUCAUCUCAUACUGGCGCCUCACUGGCCCAGAUGGCGAGAAGUUCGGUCACAGACUCUGGUGUGAUGUCAACGUCAAGGAGCCUACACCGAUUGUCAAGGAACAGCCAAAGGAGGAGACUCCUGAGCUUAAGGUCGAGACCGAGGGUAGCCAAAUGAUCUUCCCCAAAUUGGAGAAGGAGUCCCCAGCCUCCAGUAUCCAUGAAGAGAUUGAAAUUGCUGAGCCCGAGCGUGAGAUUCCUCAAGACGAGGAGGAAUUCGAGGAGUUCAACGGAGAGACUCUCGAGGACUCUGAGACAGAUGACGGGUUCAUGACCGAUGAGGAAUACGAUAUCCUUGAUGCAAGUGAUGAGGAAUAUCUUGCUGAGCAAGACAAGGUUCCCAAGAAGUAA